AAUAUUUUCUUUAUCAUUUCUCAUGCAUCAUUAUAUAUAUCCGUUGCUAAUAUUUUCUUGACUUUUGUGAGGUACUACUAUCAUUGAGGCAUUGAACUUUAUUGUGGACAUUUAUAAUUCAUUUUUAUUUUUGUAUAUAUUAUCCUUUUAUUUAGUUUUAAUUUUCGAUUGGGUUGUAAUAAUUUCCGUUAAGUUUCAUCCCCAUUCGUUAAGUGUGUAAUCCCCAUCCCCGAAGCCUUGUAAUAAUUUUACCGCUUUCCUUUACCGCUUUAUUUUAUUAUUGCUUGCAUGCUUUAACCGUUUUUUUCAAAAUAAAAUUAGGACCUUAGCCGUUUUCUACCAUAAGUCGAUUGCACUUCACGCAUCGCCAUCAACCGUACUUACACAUGCACACUUGCACGUACACUCUUAUUUUACCUCUUUCAUGUUCAUUCCUUUAUGUUUGAACCCUUAUGCUUGUAUGGAUUUUACCUGUAUGAGCUUGUUUGUUUUCAUUUACUUCUUCCAUUUUUCUCUUUUAAUAAAUCUUCACCCCCGCAUUACUUGGUCCAUAUACCAAGCUCCCAACCAACUCUUUGUAAGUCGAGUGCCUCGCGCAUCGCCAUCGACCUGUUUUUCAAAACUCUUUUCUUAAUAAAACCUUGACUUUUGUCAUGUGAUCUUCUUUAAACUCUUUUGUGCACUUGCACUCUUUUUCUUUUAAAACUGUUUUCAAUAAAACCUUUUUUUCAAAACUUUUGAGCAGAACUACAAAUGCUCUGACUUCUCCAUUGCACUGAGGAGGUAUGUAGGCACAAGAUUUUACAUCUUGCCGAGCAAACUUUUGUAAAUAAUCUUUUUCUUUUGUAAAUAACCUUUUCUUUUCUCUUUUCUCUCUUUUUAGCAAACAAAACCGCUUUAACUUUCAAACACAGAUUUUCAAAAGGUUCCUGUGGAGUACCACAGAUGUGAGGGGUGCUAACACCUUCCCCUUACAUAACCAACCCCCGUAUCCAGAUUUCUUUUGUGGUUUUUUUCGAGUUUUUUCCCUUUCCUCUUUUGGAAUCAAAAAAGUUCGGUGGCGACUCUUGCUUUUUAACGAAUUAAGUUAACCAAUGACUUAAACUCAAAAUUUUUGCCGCUACAGAAAAGUGGCGACUCUGCUGGGGACUUUCUUAAGUGGGUUUAGCCUAUUUUGUUUAUCUGUGUGUUUAUGUUAUUGCUUAUUGUUUGCUUUUUCUUUUUGUAUAUAUCUUAUUUUGUAUAUAUUCUUAUCUGUUUAUGUGGUUACUUGGGUGAUACCUUGUGAUAUGAGAUAAAGUUCUAACCCGGACUUUUGUGAGUAACUUGAGAUAGGAGGUGGUAAGACCAAUAGUUGCAUGUCAGGAGCGAUCCUUAACAUGAGCAUCAUAUGGUGGAACCCCAAUCAGUGGAGGCCUCAUGGAAGGUAGUAGAUGUUGUUACGAGCUAUCGUAAGAACGCUAUUAUUUUCAAUAGUGAGUGUCCGUAGAAGCUGAAUGACCUAGAACCCUUUUAACCCAUCUAAGCCUUUUUUAGGAUGUAGCGCAGAAACAAGUUCAAGUACCAAUUUGUUCUUGUUGUCAUGCGAUGGUACGCUCAGACGAGGUCUUUUUAGGAAUAUUAUUGGUGCCCAUGAGCAAUUGUGUGUGCUGGUAGUAUCCGAUAGAAGAUUGAAAACUCUGGGAACCUUUGUAGAACCCGUUUGGCAGAGCCGUCUAUCUACCGUCAAGCUGAUUCCUCGACACAUUGAACUAGAAACAUGUAUCUGAAGAGUAUGGAAGAACUUCAACAAGACCAAGAGUUGCUAAGAGCAGAGGUUAGCCAGUUGAAAAUACAGAUGGAUCAGAUUAUGGAAACCCUGCAAGUCUUGUUGAAGAGAGAAUGCAACUUUCCUCCGAUUAUUACAAAGCAAGUGGAUACUCAUUUAGCCUUUUCCGUUGCUACUUCAAAUCAAGGGCAACCAUCUGUUAUGUCAUGUGAUUCAUAUUUUGGAGUAGAGAAGGAAACACCUGUUUGCUUUCCUCAAUCAGUGCUUCGUAGGACUCUGCAUCAACGUCCAUUGUCUGUUCCUUCUCAAGGUAACAAAAAGCAGAAACAAGAUCGGAAUCGUGAUAGGACUCACUUUGAUCCUAUUCCUAUGUCAUACACUGAACUGUAUCCUACUUUGGUCCGGAAAGGGUUAAUUACAACAAGAGCCAUGCCUCCUCCUCGAAACCCUCCCUCAAUAGGAUUUCGGCCUGAUCUUCAUUGUGAGUUUCAUCAGGGUGGUGCUGGCCAUGAUUUAGAACAUUGUUAUGCUUUGAAGACCUUGGUGCAAGAGUUGGUUAGAUCAAAGAUGCUAUCUUUCAGGGAUAUGGGUCCUAACGUUGUCACUAAUCCUUUGCCAGAUCAAAGUGGCUGAAGACAAGUCAAAGCCAGAUGGUCUCCUAAAGCCAAGUGUUUCAGACAGGAUAGCCCAUCCUUGUUGCUGAUUAAUCACUAGGCCUUUGUUUCUUUACUGUUUGCAUUUCCUUUAUUGUAUUGUUUGCUUUCAAACUUGUUUAUUCCUGAAUGUUAAUUUUAAUGAAAUGAGCAUUGCAUAUUUUGAAUUCAUUCACAUCUACUACUAUGUUUAUGCCUUCUUUUACAAAAUUUUCUUCCAUUUGCUUUCUCUAUCAAACUUGUGUUUUAUGCAAAGAUUGGAGGGAGGAUGAUG